GGUGGAAGUCGAUCCCGAACGUGUCAAUACAAUGGCGAAUGGACUGGAACCGAAACUGUUUGCGAAAAGUCAGACCGUGUCAAGCAAUGUGAUGAUAUAAAGGUAGACAAUGGGAAAACAGAAGGAAAUGGUAGACGACGCGGUGAUCUCCGUGUGUAUAGUUGCAAAAACGGCUACACGCUAAGUGGAAGUGAAGAACGUACGUGUUUGUCGAACGGAGAAUGGUCCGGCACGGAGCCCGAGUGUACCCCGGAUAUCGGCGGUGUGGCUGCUCAGAAGGUUUGUAGCCCAUUUGAAUGUCCAGAUGGAUGGAGCCUUGUUCCUGACAGUACAGAGACAACCACUCGUUGCGUAUCGGGCGAACAAGUCACUUGUAUAUCCAUGGUUACAACAACAAUGAAUCACUUAUGAAUGUCUACAGCUUAGAAUACUACGGUAAUGCAUACAUGAGGCCUAUCAACAAGAAAAGGACAAGACUUACUUAUCUAAAGAUGAUAUAUUGAUAAUAUUAUAUUCUAAAAUCAUUUAGUUAAAUUUAUUUUUCAUAAUACACACUGUACAUAGAGGGAAUCAGAAACGGAACGCAUGGAGGUCCCUGCAUUCAGUUUAUUGUAAAAUAAAACGCUGGUGUUAAAAUAAAUAUGGUUGUAGUUUGGCGCAAAAUGAAA